UUGUUUUUCUGCCCUCCGUCUAUUGUGGAGCCUUCCAUCUUUUCUUGAUCCGAGCCUCAUUUCUAAUUGCUGAAUAAAAUGCUGUGAUGCUGCUCAUCAGCUGUUCUGUUCUAUUGUUGGUGUUUAUUUAAAUGUCAAACUAUAUACGAAUAUCGAGAGAAAGUAUUGUCUUUCCCUCUAUAGUCUUUGACAGCGCAGUGGGAUUGAGCCACAGUGGAAUGAAUCAUUUGCAGUGGUUGUGAGUCUCGCCAUAGAGUUUCUGCGCUUUGCAAAGCGCUGUGAAUGAAGUCAGCUGAUCAUUUGCUAUCGCAUGAUCGACACUCACAUCUUCUCUAGGCAGAGGAUCAAGACGGUGGACCGUUUCAUUUCUGAAGAUCUAGCCUGUCGGGAUGGACCUGUCUAAACUGCCUAAGAUCCGGGAUGAGGAGAAGGAGAGCGAGUUUGGAUACGUCCAUGGAGUAUCCGGCCCAGUGGUAACGGCCACUGCCAUGGCGGGAGCGGCCAUGUACGAGCUGGUGAGAGUGGGCCACAGUGAGCUGGUGGGAGAGAUCAUCAGGCUGGAGGGAGACAUGGCCACCAUCCAGGUUUACGAGGAGACAUCGGGCGUGUCUGUUGGGGACCCAGUGCUGCGGACUGGAAAGCCUCUGUCUGUGGAGCUGGGCCCAGGCAUCAUGGGCUCCAUCUUUGACGGUAUCCAGCGCCCCCUAAAGGACAUCAACGACCUAACACAGAGCAUCUACAUCCCCCGCGGAGUCAACAUCGGAGCCCUCAACCGAGACCUGAAAUGGGAGUUCUCCCCCGUCAAGAGCUUACGGGUGGGCAGUCACAUCACAGGGGGUGAUAUCUACGGGAUGGUGUUUGAGAACUCCCUUAUCAAGCACAAGAUCAUGCUGCCCCCGAGGAACAGAGGAACCGUCACCUAUGUGGCUCCCCCCGGAAACUAUGACGUCUCGGACGUGGUGUUGGAGCUGGAGUUUGAGGGUAUGAAGGAGAAGUUCACCAUGGUCCAGGUCUGGCCAGUGCGACAGAUUCGCCCAGUCACAGAGAAGUUACCGGCCAAUCACCCACUGCUGACCGGACAGAGAGUACUGGACGCCCUCUUCCCGUGUGUCCAGGGAGGGACCACAGCCAUCCCCGGAGCUUUUGGCUGUGGUAAAACUGUCAUCUCCCAGUCCCUGUCCAAGUACUCCAACAGUGACGUCAUCGUCUACGUAGGCUGCGGGGAGCGCGGGAACGAGAUGUCAGAAGUAUUGCGAGAUUUCCCAGAGCUGACCAUGGAGGUGGAUGGGAAGACUGAGAGCAUCAUGAAGAGAACAGCGCUGGUGGCCAACACCUCCAACAUGCCUGUGGCUGCCAGAGAGGCCUCCAUCUACACCGGGAUCACACUGUCAGAGUACUUCAGGGACAUGGGCUACAACGUGAGCAUGAUGGCUGACUCCACCUCUCGAUGGGCCGAGGCUCUCAGGGAGAUCUCUGGUCGACUGGCUGAGAUGCCCGCUGACAGUGGUUAUCCUGCCUACCUGGGUGCCCGUCUAGCGUCAUUCUACGAGCGUGCUGGCAGGGUGAAGUGUCUGGGCAACCCAGAGAGAGAGGGCAGCGUCAGCAUCGUGGGGGCUGUGUCGCCCCCUGGUGGUGACUUCUCUGAUCCUGUGACAUCGGCUACCCUGGGUAUCGUGCAGGUGUUCUGGGGUCUGGAUAAGAAGCUGGCCCAGAGGAAGCACUUUCCGUCAGUCAACUGGCUGAUCAGCUACAGUAAAUACACGCGGGCGCUAGACGAGUACUACGACAAGCACUUCCCUGAGUUCGUCCCGCUGCGCACCAAGGCCAAGGAGAUUCUGCAAGAGGAGGAGGACCUGGCUGAGAUCGUACAGCUGGUCGGCAAGGCCUCGCUGGCUGAAACUGAUAAGAUCACCCUGGAGGUGGCCAAGCUCCUCAAGGAUGACUUCCUGCAACAGAACGGUUACACCCCCUAUGACCGGUUCUGUCCAUUCUAUAAGACUGUUGGCAUCCUGUCCAACAUAAUAGCCUUCUAUGAUAUGGCACGGCACGCAGUGGAGACCACGGCUCAGAGCGACAACAAGAUCACCUGGUCCAUGAUCAGAGAACACCUGGGAGAGAUCCUCUACAGACUCAGCUCCAUGAAGUUCAAGGACCCAGUGAAGGAGGGAGAGACCAAGAUCAAGGCUGACUACGCCCAGCUGCUGGAGGACAUGCAGAACUCCUUCCGCAGCCUGGAGGACUGAGCCCCCGACCCCUCAUCCCAGGGGCAGUGCAUGUCUGUCUGUCUGUCCCCCUCUCUCUGCAGAUACCUCCACUGCAGCCUCACAUUCCAUUUCCUUGUGUUUACACCCAACCUGCCAUCAGUUUACCCAAUGUGUGUCUGUGUGGGCAAAAACAGAAGGAAAUGUACUGUGUUCUUGUAUUAUGUUGCCUCUGUGUCUUUUCCCCAGCAUGGUCAAAGAUCUGCCCCAUUACCUUGGUGUGUAUGUUUACAUGUCUUUGUGUGUGUGAGACAUUUCAUCUCACUCUUAACCCCUGCACUGCCCAUCCCUCCCCGUUUGUUUUGCACAUGGUCUCUAGCUGUGCACCUGACGAUGUCAGUUGAUGUAAUUAUAGUUCAAUACCCCCUCUAUCUGUACAGAAGAUUAACAUGAAAUACUUAAGCAGAGUGACUAUUUAUUGCAGGUGUGUGAUGUGGACAUCGCCUGGGCUGGUUGUUUGUUGUUUUUCUUAUGAUAGUGAUUUACGUGGUGUAGUCUUGUACGUGUGUAAGAGGUGGGCUCUCUUGUCCUCUCCUUUCCACUGCUCAUCCAGGCUGUAUCACAACCGGUCGUGAUUAAGAGUUGCAUUGGGCGGUGCACAAUAGGCAGCAGCGUCGUCCGGGUUUGUCCGGUGUAGGCCAUCAUUGUAAAUAAGAAUUUGUUCUUAACUGACUUGCCUAGUUAAAUAAAAAAUAGGAUAAGUGUAUGAGUCCCAAAGAAUAAAAUGUGUAAAAUGAAAUAAAGCAACAAAACAAAAUGGUGAAUGUCG